AUGAUACCUCAAACCUUUGUAAUCCCCGAUGAUUCUGAUGCCACGAAGUCAACUGUUGAAGAGUUGGAACAAGUCAUACUGAUUGAGCAUCUACCUGAUCGAAAGUCCCACCUUGACGUGACAGGGAUCCCGCCAAAAAUUACCACUCAUCGAUUGAGCUUGGACGCAAAGUUCAGACCGGUAAAGCAAAAGAGAAAGUCACAAUCCGAGGUUAAGCAUGCAGUCAUCGAGGAUGAUGUAACCAAACUUCUGAAAAUAGGGUCCAUUCGGGAGGAUAAUGGGUAUGAAGGGAUUUUUAGUUGGUUUGUUUUGAUAAAUUUGUCAAUACUGGGCAGUUGUGGGGCGCCGAGGAAGGCACUGGAUGUGCCUUUUUGGAACAACUAUGAACCCAGUUGGUCCAGUCACCAUAUCAAGUACCUCAAUGGUGUGGGUGGCACCACAGCUGAGCUUCUUCUUGACAAAUCUUCAGGAGCUGGAUUUCAAUCAAAGAAAUCAUAUCUAUUUGGGCACUUUAGUAUGAAAAUGAAGCUUGUUGGAGGUGAUUCUGCUGGUGUUGUCUCUGCAUUUUAUCUGUCAUCAAACAACGCAGAACACGAUGAGAUAGAUUUUGAAUUCCUAGGGAACAGGACAGGUGAGCCAUACAUAUUACAGACCAAUGUAUUUACAGGAGGUAAAGGAGACAGGGAGCAGAGGAUCUAUCUCUGGUUUGAUCCAACCAACGACUUCCAUUCAUAUUCCGUUCUCUGGAACACCUUUCAGAUUGUGAUUUUUGUGGACGACGAGUAUUCAAGAAUUCGAAAGACAGGUGUGGAAUUCCCAUUCAAUCAGCCGAUGAAGAUCUAUUCAAGCCUGUGGAAUGCUGACGACUGGGCUACAAGAGGAGGAUUAGAGAAAACGGAUUGGUCAAAAGCACCAUUCACUGCUUCCUACACUUCAUUCCACAUAGAUGGCUGUGAGGCAGUUACCCCACAAGAAGUGCAAGUUUGUAAUACAAAUGGCAUGAAAUGGUGGGAUCAAAAGACUAGGGGUGCUUUCCAAGAAUUAGAUGGCCCUCAACAUAGAAGACUUCAAUGGGUUCGCCAAAAAUACACCAUCUAUAACUAUUGUACAGAUAGGAAAAGGUACCCUACCCUUCCUCCAGAGUGUACCAGGGAUAGAGAUCUUUAA